AUGGAAUCUGUGUCGACCCCAGUCCGCGCGUGUUCGAGGCUACCUUCGAAAGAUAAUACAGAGCCCGAAGCAAUACUGCCGGCCAUUCUCGAAAGCUUCAUGCACUGGAACUCCAACGAUGAAUUCUUCGAAUUCACGCGCGGUCGGUUUAUUGUAGACGAGACGGAUGAUCUCCGAAGGCGAGAGAUCACAUGUGACAUGAACAUGCUUGUAAGGGUUGCGGCAGAUUCAGUCGGCGCUGCUGAAUACAUCUCCAUCACGAAGUACCCCGACGGCAUGUUCAACAAAGCAUUCCUCAUGACCAUGGAGGAUGGCCGAGAAGUGGUAGCUAAGGUGCCUAAUCCCAAUGCUGGCAUUGCACACUCUACUACGGCCAAUUGGGAGGUUAGUAAAGUUCUUGACACGCCAGUGCCUCAUUUCCACGCGUGGAACUCGCAUGCUGAACAUCAUCCUGCUGGGGCUGAGUUUAUCAUCAUGGAUAAAGUCGAGGGUGUCCCGCCGUCUCAAGUCUGGAGCACGAUGCCACUACAACAAAGACUCAACGUGAUUAUUGCCAUGACAAGUCUGCAGAAGAAAUGGCUAAGCGUUUCAUUCUCGCAUUAUGGAGGCCUGUACUAUGCACGAGAUGUGCAGUUACCCGCAGGGAACCACUAUAUCAAGGACGGCACUGCCGUCAAAGAUUCAGUGUUUGCUAUUGGCCCGGCCACUGGUCAAGACUGGUUUGAUGCGAGCCGAUCAGGCCUGGAUAUUGAGAGAGUACCAUACCCACACACCCCCGAAAAGAUCACGGGUAUCAUGGACUGGCAGUCUUGCCACAUCUCACCACCCACAAACCAUAAUCUCGAUCCAGCUUUCCUCGACUGGGAUGGCCUUGAUCCUGAGAUGCUUGACCUAGCACCAAAGCCGACGCUGACUAGGCUUUCCUCUGAAGAACGGUCAGCAGCUUUGCGCGAAUACAGCCUUCAAAACCUGUUCAUUGGAUGGCGAACACUUAUGCAGACCAACAAUCCAGACUUGUAUCGGGCAGUCGAAUUUCGAAAGACGGCAGCGUAUGGACUGAUUUUUCUUGCACACCACAUGUUUGAAUACGGCGAAGCGCACUUCUUAUCGCUUCUGGUUGAUCUGAAAGAUACAUGGACAGAACUACCUGGCAUAACUAGCGAGAUUCCAUUCCCAUUUGACUUUUCCGAAACAGAUCUUGAGCGCAUCAAGCUAGAUAGCGAUGACGCGGUAGCAGGAACUGAGCUUGUGUCCGAGGUAAAGGAGAAAAUUGGUGAUUUGUGGCCAGACAAAGGCUUUAUCGAAUACGAGCAAUGCGAAGAUUGCAAAGCUGCACUCGACGAAGUCAAAGAUCAGAUACUGGAGCAAUUGGCUGAGAGCGAAGAGGAAAAAGCUGAAUACAAGCGUUAUUGGCCAUUUGAAUGA